GAAAUUGCUGAGUGCCCGGAUGACAUUCGGCGACGAAGUAGAUAUUAGUGACACAAUAUAUUUAGGGGUCUUCGAUCUAUUAAUAUGGGAAAUGAAAACAGUUUGCCCAUGGAGCUUUGCUCCAACUUUGACCUGGAUGAAAUCAAGAGGCUUGGAAAACGCUUCCGCAAACUUGACUUGGACAAUUCCGGAUCUUUGAGCGUGGAGGAGUUCAUGUCCCUACCAGAGUUGCAGCAAAACCCACUGGUGCAGAGAGUUAUAGACAUAUUUGACACUGAUGGAAAUGGGGAGGUAGAUUUUAAAGAAUUCAUCGAAGGUAUUUCACAGUUCAGUGUUCGUGGAGACAAGGAGUCCAAGUUAAGAUGUAUGUUUGCAUUCAAGAUAUACGACAUGGACAAGGAUGGGUACAUCUCGAAUGGAGAGUUGUUCCAAGUCCUUAAAAUGAUGGUGGGCAACAACUUGAAGGACACACAGCUCCAGCAGAUAGUGGACAAGACGAUUAUCCAUGCAGAUACUGAUGGCGAUGGCAAAAUCUCAUUUGAAGAAUUCUGUGCUGUUGUAGGAACUAUGGAUGUUCAUAAGAAAAUGGUGGUUGACGUAUAGAAGAAAUCCUCACAUCACUACAAAAAGACUUUACUUUACUUUUUUAAAUGAUGAUCUUUUUCCAUGACAGCUUGCUGGUGUCCACCCUACAGGUGUUAUGGUACUUUGAUGUUUAGCUGUGUACCACAUGGAAGUGCUUCUCGCCAAUGGGGCUGAUGCUGCACAACAACCAACAACCCAUUCAUGGAGGGCAGAAUUUCCCUUGUGCCUGCGUCUCUCGGUGUCCAAAAUAUUCAAACCAAUCAUAGGAAUUUUGUGCUCUUUAGAAACUCUUGGUAUUGAAAGCAUGACUUCAGCUGGAGCUUUGUUCAGUGGUUCAGUAUAGGAACUUGUUUAGUUACCCAUUUAUUCUUGACUGACAAAAUCAAUUGUGUUGUACUAUUUUAAUGAAAGGUACCUGUAACUCAGGGUUGUCUGUAUUUGUGUGGUAUUCAGUGUAAUCUUGUUUCUCAGUGGUUGUGAGACUAGACCAACGUCUAGUCUGGGACUACAUUCAGCUCAUUCACACAUCCUGAAAAUCUUGCAUGAAAGGUCAUUAUUUCAAACGUUUAUCCCAUUUUGUAGAUUGAUAUUAUAACAAAUCUUCUAGUCUGAAGUCUUGCUACCAACCUAUCUACCCUUCUCUUGUAACAGUGCAGAGAAGGUCGGUAUUCUUAGGUUACAAAUGUGUCGUUGACAAAAAUACUUAUCAUAUGCUUAGUAGUAGGGUGUGUUUGUCAUCAUAAAUAUGUGCAGCUAGACUGACCAGUGAUCUCAGCUACUUUCAAGGGUACAUCAAAGUAGAAGGACAGAAUCAUGUCUUGCAUAACUUUCAAGAUGGAAAACAGUUGUUCUUGUUGCAUAAUCGGGCACAGUAAUGGGAAUGCUUUAUGUGUUGUUGAUAUUGUUUGUUGACCCAAAGUAGUGUUCUUUUGUUGAUUGUGUUGGUGGGUAGUUUUUACACAUCCCUGCUCUAAAAAGGUUUAUUUCAUGUUUGAUUUUUUUUUUUAACACAAGUCACUUAUGGGAUUAUGAAAAAUGUGUAGAAGUUCUAUGAUAUUCACAUUAGACAGUACACCAUACACAUAUAUAUUUUUGGUGUCACUGGUUUAAAAGUUUGGUUGUUAUUGAUUUCGGGGGUUUGGUUUCUAACUGUAUUGAAAAUACUUUCAGUAUUGCUGUGUACAGGAGUUAGCUCCUCUUCUAAUUCAGUUUGUAACUGGGGAUGCUCUGGGGAGUUAAUGAAUCCUGUAAAUAAUUUUCGGAGAUUGAAAUGAAUUAAUUUAAGGUCAACAUUCAGUGUUGAGAUACCAAAGACUCAUUGAAAGUUCCCAGAUUUCUUUCACAGGUUUGAUGUUUACCGUCUAGUCUUACAGAAAACACAGAACCUCAUUCUAAUUUUGCCUGUGGUGGAUAUAUAUCCUAUCAAGAACAAAUAAGUAUAUAUAUGCAAUUUAAACCAAGCAUAAAAUGUUAACACUGCAUAAUAAUAUUUUUGAAUCGUCAUCGACUAACAUUUAUGACCUCCUUUGUAAUGUUACAUAAACAUAAGAAUGUUUUGUGCAAAAGCAAGAAAGCAGAACAUGGUUAUACAUACGGUUUGAAAGCCCUGCUAACAAAUUGCUAUGAGCCCAAAUCAGUAGAUUUUACUCCUUGCAAAUGGGCUGUAAGAAGCAAAGCUUACUGGACUGACUGAAAGUAUUAGACUUGGACUGAAAGCUGAAGUCAACGACUGAUGUUACUGACUUGCUGUUAAGAAAUAGUGCUAUUUGAAGACGUUUCCCUCCUUUUAUCUACACGAGAGAUCCAGUGCACUGUCUCCACAUCUCAGCAUCUGCCUAUCACUGUACGACUAGUGUCACUCACUCUUCAUUCAUCAUACAUCACAUGUGGACGGAGUCCUAUGCCAAACCCAGGGGUGUUCCUGUCUUUUGUAACCCGUUCUAACUGAUCAUAUGAAACAACUGAAGGGCUUGAAGCUACUUAUUAGUGUGUAAAUCACUGCCUCUCCAUUGCAUGUUGUUGAACCUCCACCAAAUCUGCUGACGACCCAUUGUUAACUGCCUUGCCGCUCAACGUCGGUCGAACCCUGACAGGUGAAUAUGGGUUAUACAUGCCUGUUGAACUCUGACAGAAGGUUGGAGUAAACAAGCACUGGCUCACCGGUGAAGGUCAAAUGGAGAAAUAUAUACCUUGGGGUGAAGGUCGAUUUGAAUACAGACCAACUUCAGGUAUUGGACACACAUUUCUCAGGUUAUUUAAACAUAAUGUCUCAAGAUGUAAAAUCUAAAUUGAAAGGGUUUGGUUACGCAAGCUGUAACAACACUAAUAAUAUCUUACUAACUAAUGACAUAAUGAUGUUGGUUUGUUUGCAGUAAACAAUGAUGACAUUCCUGUAUUUUGAUAAAGUUCUUCCAAUACUACAAAUAUGAUUUUGGACAAAGCUGAUUAUAGUCGGAGAGCCUCUGUGAUUAUAGGAGACGUAGGGUAUAAAAGUUAUCUCAUUGCUGCACACUGUGUGGAGUCAAGCAUUUAGUCAAUCUUGUAACCCUGGUGUUUUUUGCCAUUUCAAUCCCUUCAAGGACCUAUUUUAAUUUAUAGUCCAAAUUUAUCCACCAUUUUUUGUUAAGUCAAAUUUUUACCUUCAGUUUCAGAUCUUAUCAUUUUCCCCGUACAUGUGAUACCUGUUUGUCCCUUUUGUGUCGUUUUGUGUGGAAUGAAUCAUUUGCAUGUAAUUUGGUGUGUAAAUUAAAUUAAUUAUAAUUAUACUAUCAUCAGCUUGUGUAUAUUGAAUCCCUGUAUAUUUUUGCAAUAAUUUGAAUAUGGUCUAUCACCUGACCGUUUUUUAUUAUUGUAAGAUGUUCCAACUUUUUUCUGUAAAUUUGAACCAUUUAUAUGUUGUGAAAUGUCAAAUCACCUUCAGGUGUUUUUAUCCUUCCUGUUAACACCCUCACAUUGAGCUUAUCUAACCUUGUUCAUUUUAUCUUUUCACACAAUUGCUAAGAUUUCUCUUAAAUAAAUUUUGCAAAUAUCCAA